AUGAACUAUUCAGACCUCCAAUCAUUCGGGCGACUCGGCCUCGAGUACGGCUUUGUUUAUCACAAAGCCUUCCACUGGCCAACCAACCAAGUUUACGUUCUCGAAAGCUUUAUAAGCGAAUGCAUAUCCGGCAACGGCCCUGAAAUCCGCCAACAGAUCGAGAUCUUCCGCCACGUGGACCACCCCAAUGUGAUGAAAUUCGUCGACAGCUUCGAUCUUGGUUACGAUCGUAUUGAACUCCUCUUAGAGUUCUUCGAUGGUAAGCCGCUUGACCAAUCUUGUAUCACCGACAAACAGAUACUUUCCAAAAUAGCGAAACAAAUCUUAAGAGGGCUUUCUUAUUUACAUAAACGUCGCAUUGCUCAUAAGGGUAUUAAGCCUUUGAGUUUGUUUAUGGAUUCAAGACACAAGGUGAAGAUUACAGGCUUUGUUGCGAGUAAUAUCGAAGGAAGUGUACCUUAUAUGAGUCCCGAUUACCUUUCUGGGAAGUAG